AUGAAGAUCCCGACGUUGAAGUUCACUGUCAAAAAAGACUGUGAGGCCUUGAAGAAAGGGCGAAACACACUCGAGACGUUGAAGAGCACUUCGAGGUUUGGUGUCAAAAUUGUGAAGAUUUCCGAGGUACGGCCUCACCGGGCAAAAGGAAAGAAAGAUGACUUUCCAGAUCGCGAGUCCCGACUUGAGAAGGGUUUUCACGUUUGGAUACUUCCUCACUUGUCCGCGAGGGUUCGGCUAAGCGCAAAAGACAACAAGAUCUUGGAUGAGAAGCAGGUAUGGAAAGUCUUUCUGACAGCUUACGAGCUGGAGAAUAUUUACACCAUUGACGCCACGAAAAGAAAUGCGGUGAAAGUGCCUGCGGGCGACAAAGAUGGGCGCAGCGACACGGAGCGGGUAUUGCAGGCAGACCUCAGAGGUUUUAUGAACGAGUUCAGCCUUGACGACGAGGAUUUAGAACUGGAGAAGUUUGCCUGUGCCGCUGAACCCUUUUGCAAGUAUGAACUUGAGACUGCUGCCUCAUUUUGCACAUUCCCUUACGCCAAAAGGCGGCUUGAGGAAGAAAUGGACCCCCAGCUGCUUGACCGCUUGCGCAAGAAGGGAAGGGUGGAAUUGCUGGCGCUGAACAUGCGCUACCAUUUUGGUGUCAGCCCCGUUGCAGUCAUGCACCAGCCCAACAAAAAUGACGAAUAUUUGGUUGAAAUUCCAGAAACCGUCUGGACCAUACUCCACCCAAACGACCACCUUGUAUUUCUGGAGUCUGACGUGCAUACCAUGAAGGAAAUCAAGGAAAGCAUGCAGAUGUUGAACAAGGGCAUUAGAGAAUGGAAGGACCACGAGCUGGAAGGAGUUGGUGUUGUUCGUGAGGUCUUGACGGUUGAAAAGGUGGAUUUACCGGAGCCACCCCCAAGACGUGGCAGAGGUGGCUCAAAAUCCUGAAGCGUUGGAAGCUUUCGCAUCUCAGUUGCGGCAAGGCCCAAAACGUACCGAGCUGAUGUUUUUCACCCUGUCUUUUUGAAGUCUAGCUGGAUUUAUCACUGCAAUUGAUCCAAGUCAGCCGGCCCAUGUGGAUAUGAUGCCCAGGCCGAGUUCGGAGAGCCUCUAAAAAAAGGAAUGCAUAGGAAUGGAAAGGC